UUUAUAAAUGUCAUCGUUCCGUCAUCGUACCUUUGUAUUGUAUUGUGUAGUGUUUGCAAUGCGAGGUACGUGCGCUUUGCAGGAAAAUUCUAAAUAAUUGAAUUUCCCGCCACAAACAGCGUAAUAUCUUGUUCUUGUGAUUGAUUAAGGAAAUAACCGUGACUGGAUAAAGUGUAUAAAAUAAUUCUCGCCGAUGAAGUACAGGUCACGAUUCCUUCCAGCUGCUGUUGCUCGGUCUCAGUUGGUGUUUGCCGUGCAGUAGGGUCGAAAGAACUUCUGGAUCAUUUUUCCAGCACAGAACCGUCUGGUUGGACUGUUCGCAAGUGGUUAAUGAUGCAGUGCUGUGGCUUUUAAGCGGUUGUGCAAUAGCAUCGUCAGUGCAAACGUUUGUGGGAAUUGCUUUUGAACAAGCAGCACAGCAGGAAGACACUGGAUUGGCUUUGAUCAGUGUAUGCUAUCAUUCAUACAGUACACACUAGAAAUCAUGAGCAGCCUGGGCAACGGCAACAAUCAGCACAACAUCAACAGCAACACCGGAAGCAGCCAAAACUCGGCCGCCGAAGGUACAAUGGAGCGCGGAAGCUGCAUCCUCGUACGUUAUGCAAGCCAAAAUUCGCUGGACGAAAGCUCCCAGAAGCAGCUGCCACGGUCGAAUGGGAAGGAAAAAACGACCGGAGCCUACCGUAACAACAUUCACACGCAGCGUUCGUUCGAGGCCAUGAACAUGAUGCGAGAGCAAAAUCUUCUCUGCGAUGUUGUGUUGGUAGCGGAAGGUAUUGAAAUUCCUGCCCACAAAAUGGUGCUCGCAUCCUGCAGCCCUUACUUCUAUGCAAUGUUUACCGGGUUCGAGGAAAGCCGCCAGGACCGUAUCACACUGCAAGGAGUCGAUCCGAGGGCGCUACAGCUGCUGAUCGAGUACGUGUACCGAGCGGUGGUGGAAGUUACGGAAGAUAACGUGCAGAUACUGCUGACCGCGGCCAACUUGCUGCAGCUGACCGAUGUGAGGGAUGCGUGCUGUGACUAUCUGCAGACACAGCUCGAUCCAAGCAAUUGCUUGGGUAUACGCGAUUUUGCCGACAUACACGGGUGUAUCGAUCUGCUAAACUAUGCGGAAACAUACAUUGAACAGCACUUUUCGGAGGUUGUUCAGUUUGACGAGUUUUUAAAUUUAACCAGUGAUCAAGUAGCUCAUCUGAUCAAGAGCGAUCGUUUAUCGGUUCCAACGGAGGAAAAGGUGUACGAAUGUGUUAUCACCUGGAUACAGUACGAUGUGAAUGGUCGCCAGCACCAUUUGGCCGAGCUAAUGGAGCACGUUCGGUUGCCAUUGCUUUCCCAGGACUAUCUCGUCCAGUACGUCGAGAAGGAGCAGCUCAUGAAGGGUGACCUUCAGUGCAAAGACUACAUUAUAGAGGCACUCAAAUAUCAUCUGCUCAAGGGCGAACAAAAAACAUGCUUCAAAACGCCACGCACCAUUCCACGGCAGCCCGUUGGAUUGCCGAAGGUGCUGCUAGUUAUCGGUGGCCAAGCACCGAAAGCUAUCCGAUCGGUCGAAUGUUACGAUUUACGUGAGGAAAAGUGGUAUCAGGUAGCUGAGAUGCCGACACGCCGUUGCCGCGCCGGGCUAGCCGUACUAGGCGAUAAAGUUUAUGCUGUGGGAGGCUUCAAUGGAUCGCUGCGCGUGAAAACGGUUGAUGUGUACGAUCCGGUGCUGGACCAGUGGACUACCAGCCACAACAUGGAGGCACGUCGAUCGACGCUUGGCGUUGCGGUACUUAACAACUGCAUUUAUGCCGUCGGUGGUUUCGAUGGGUCAACGGGCUUAAGCUCGGCGGAAAUGUUUGAUCCGAAACGGCAGGAGUGGCGUCUGAUUGCAUCCAUGUCGACGCGCCGAAGUUCGGUAGGCGUCGGUGUAGUAAACGGUCUCCUAUAUGCCGUCGGUGGCUAUGAUGGAGCGUCACGCCAGUGUUUAGCUUCGGUCGAACGGUACAACCCAUCCACGGACACCUGGACACAGAUUGCGGAAAUGUCUGCGCGGCGUAGUGGAGCGGGCGUAGGUGUGCUGGAUAACAUACUCUACGCGGUCGGUGGUCACGAUGGACCGCUGGUACGCAAGUCGGUCGAAGCGUACGAUCCGGCCACAAACACGUGGCGUGCGGUGGGCGAUAUGGCAUUCUGUCGACGGAACGCGGGUGUGGUCGCACAUAACGGAAUGCUGUACGUGGUCGGUGGUGAUGAUGGCCUCUCGAAUCUGGCCUCGGUCGAGGUGUACAGUCCGGAAACGGACAGUUGGCGCAUUUUGCCCUCAUCGAUGAGCAUCGGCCGUAGCUAUGCUGGGGUAGCAAUGAUAGAUAAGCCCUUGUGAAGCGAGCAGCAGGGCGCACGGGUCGCCACCAAACAGUCCUACUCCUCCCACCAUACCACCAUCUACACCCGGUACGCGAACUGUGCCACCCUGCCGGUACAGAAUGAACCGGCAGGAUUGGCUGCCGGUGGCAAUGACGAUGAAAACAGCCAGGCGGAAGGUCUUAAUGCGGAACCUACUAAUAACGGUGCAAUGAACGGAAACAAUGUACACUACGAAAACAUUUACGAAUCGAUUGAACAGUUUGCACCCAUGAACGGUGGUGGUGGUGGUGGUGGAGCCGGUGGUAAUGGUGCCCAUGCGGGUAUCCCUGCUGUUUCGAAUCCCUUACAACACGCAGUAUUGAAUCAACCCCAGGCAGGACCUUCCGGGAUCGCUCGUUCUUUGAACGGUGCUGUUGGUAAUGGUGGUGGAGCAGGAGCUGCUAAUGGUGGGUGUAUUCCACCGCCACCUCCAAGCAUGCUCCAUAGUAUGCAACAGCUGUACCAUCCGAUGGCGUAUCGUAACGAGCUUUACGAUCGUACUGCCGGGUACGAUGUUCCACGCGGUCGACCAGCUCCGAACUAUUACCAGAAUCAACCGGCUGGAGGGUCUGCCAAUGGACGAUAUCCGAAUCUUCAUCUCGACUUAAAUCGUGCUCGCUAUCCAGCGGGGUCCAUAUCGCAGCAGCAGCAACAACGGACACCACGCCAGCGUAGUUUCGACGACACGGAAUCGUACCAUUACUAUCGGUGUCAAAAUCAAUCCAACGGCAUUGCGAAGUACGACAAUUUGUACGAGCGCGUACGAGAGGAACCGGCCUACCAGAACACGGGAUCCUUUGCACCGGCGGCUAACCGUGCCGCGGGUUUAUUCGGACGGUUCGAUGUGAUUGGGCAUGGUGUUGGACGUAUCGAGCGCCACCUGAGCUCGUCCUGUGGCAAUAUCGAUCACUAUAGUCUCGGCGGACAUUACGCCGUGCUGGGACACAGCCAUCUAGGGACGAUGGGACACAUUCGUCUUAAUCAGACGAACAGUAAUGGAUCGAACGGUGUGGUAGGCGCUGCAAAUAGUCCGUACUGUACGAACGGUACCACGGCUACCCAACCGAACCCAACCAAGGACUCAUCGUCGGUAAAUGUGAAGAGUUUCUUUAGCUGUCUCGGAGGAGAGAACUCACAAUCGAUGAACAAUCUGAACAAAUCAUCCACAUCGAAUGGAACGGUUAAUGGUGCUGGGGUUGCGACCAACGGGAAUGAUGGUAUCUUGCCAGGACCUGGAUCGGGAGGAUCUUCAGCAGCCGCCGGAGGAAAUGGUGGUGGACAAGGUAGUAGCAUUAUGGGUGGAUUGGCGAGUGCCGCCGCCGUUGGUGUGAAUGGUACCGGAUCAAGCAGUACAAUGGGAGGCAAAUCAACCGGGGCCAUACCGAAGAUAAGUCGUAAAUCGAAACAAUCACAGCAAGUUGCAUCGGAUCCAGUUCCCAGCGUACCGGCUCCACCGUCACUCGUCGUUGGUAAUGGAUUGCCUCAGUCGGAUGUUUCGCUUGGGGCAGUAGAUCCAACGUACUCGAAUGCAUGUGCAGGAGGUCGUGUUACAAAACCCUCGCUGCAGUGGUUGCUAGUAAACAAGUGGCUACCCUUAUGGGUUGGACAAACACCGCCAGAUUACAAAUUUAUCGAUUUUAACUUCAUGUUUUCACGGAACUGUGAUGGUUGCUCGUCAGCAGGUGGAUCACACGGCCAGCAGCAGCAGCAGCAAGAGCUCGUACGAUAUGGGACGAUCGAUCAAGCCGAUUACAUUCCCCCGGCUAGGGAGUAUCCCACCAUGACCGGAAGUUACCCAAGAGUGCUUCGCAAUACACCCCAGCUGGCACGGUUGCGUGAGCAUGAGUAUGAAAACGUUCCGCUGAAUGAUCCACCGGUCCGUGGUGCUCGUGCCCUUUCGGCCCUUCAAUCCGUACGCGCCCGUUCGGAAAGUCCGAGCCGAUCUGGUGCUGAUCCACUGGUUGGGCGUACUUGGGCAUUCAAUUUCGAAAACAACACGUUCCGUCCAGCACGUAGUCCAGCGCUAACGACCGGUUCGUCGAGUUUGGCUACGAAUCGUGACAAACCGCGCGAUGUUCGUCGCAUCACUGACGGAACGUUCGGCGCACGGGAUCUACAACAAACAGAUGCAGAAAAACCAGGUCCGAGUGGGUUGGCCGGAAAGUUUGCUAGCAUGAAGCAGACGGAACCGGAUAAAGAGGAUGGUCGUCUAUCGUCGGCUUCUUCAUCAUCGGAUUCAGAUAACUUUGCAAUCGAAUCGCUUGCCGCCGAAUCUGGCGGGCAGCCGGAAGAAGAGGAAGAUGAGGAUGGUAGCACCCGGUCGGCUGAUGUACGUCCCGACGGCGAUCGUGCGGGUAAUUCUAUCGAGAAGGAACAGGUCGGUUCCUCCUCGAACGAUACAUCCGAUUCGCUAAACUAUGACGGACCGGAAACUGCCGAUCGAUCGCUUUCGGAGGACGAAGUGGAGUUGGCAGUUGCUUGCGCUGUAACCGUGGAAGCGGUCGCACGGCCGGACCAUACGGUAUCGGAAUAAAUUUUUACGAACACAGUGACAUAACAUGACAGUUUGAAGGUGGGAAGCUCCCACGAAACUUUUCUCCAGCUAGCAGUUUAAGUGGUAGGCCUAAUUUUAAAAUUUGUUUACUCUCUUCCUGUGAUUACGAAAACGUCUCGGAGAGGCUUUAGAAGAAAAUUUACAACCUUUUUGCAAAUCAGAACGUUACACUUACUUGCUCAAAUAUUUAUUAAUGCUCCCCUUGUUUGGUUUAUCAAGCCUCUGCACCGUGUUUAACAAUCUUAUUUAUUGGAUCUGAAUUUUUCUGAAUCCUUUGCUAGUGAUAGUGUUGUUUUUUUGCACUAGCAGAGAAUAAAAAAAAAAACAAUAAUGAAUAAUUCCACUGUUACCUAAUGGGAAACAUUAAAUGUCGAUUUUUAACCAUGUAGAAUAUAGUACACACUUCCAUCUACACAUCUAAAGUACAUUGAGUGAGACAAAUAGGAAACGAUUUAGUAGUGAUUUAGUAGGGUUUGUGUUUACCUCGAACUGCGGGGUGAUAUAGAUGUUAGGUAGAUUGAAAUGAAACAAUAUGAAAGGUGCAGUCUAUUAAUAUGAGGGAUAGUAACGCAAAUCUUAAAAUAAAAUUAACUGUACUGUGUUUCUCUAUACGUAGGACACUAAAUGGUUCCAAAUAAGAACUAAUAGCGAAAGGAGAAAGACGUCAAACACAAGCACAGAGGGAAGAAGUUGGUGCAUUCCAGCAGUUAAUUAUAGCAUUUGUGAAGGAAAAGAAACAAUUCCCAUUCUGGUUAGGUUACUUUCAUUCCCCAAUGUUAUUGUGUCAGUCAGUUACAAAAAGCAACGAAAGCAAGGUAAAAUUUUGCAGUAAAAAAUGACAAUUGUGGUGGUACAAAGGAUUAACAAUAGAAAGACAAAUACACACAACAACAACAAAACACAAUGCACAAGCGCCAUGCCGCAGCAACAUAUUUGCACAUCAACAGUAUGAAAAACAAUAAUACAAAAACCGUAUAGUAGAACGUACAUGUUCGUUAUUUUAAAUAGCGCGCACCAUUUAGCGCAGCAAGUAGCGUCUAUUCUGGUAAUACCUAUAUUUACACAUUUUCCAUGUUGGUGAACCUGCGGUUCAUACACCAUAGCAGUCCGUUUGUGGCGAUGGGAAAGACAAACGUGUAACAACUGUACUGUUCAUUCGCAAAUAUGCAUUUGAUAUCUUGUAGAAAGUUGAGAUUAAAGAUAAUAAUAAACUGUGAAAUGUGAUUUAACGAUAAA